CGCAGAACCAAAGCUCCAUCAUGGCCGCAGAUGCCACCCGCACCACGGCUGCUCUGGAGCUCCUCGAAAGCGUCGCGCAGCUCAGCGAUGGCUUCAGAAACGGGGCCCCGGGCGCACGGGAAGGGCUGCUCGACGCGUGCAGGAGCCUGAUUGCGGAAAUAAGCCACCCCUCGGAGAACAUGCUCGAGCUGCUGUGGGCGCAGCCGGCCCAUCUCAACAUCCUGUGGAUGGCGGCCGAGGUGAAGCUCUUCCAGACCAUGCGCGACACGCCAGAGACGGGCGCCACCAUCGAGGAAAUCGCCAGCAAAUGCGACAAGAACGUAGACGCCAUCCUCGUCGGCCGCAUGCUGCGCCAUCUCGCUGCCAUGCACACGGUGCGCGAGACGGGCCCAGGCACCUUUGCCAGCACGCGCACCUCUUCUGCCUUUGCCCAACAGUCGUACCAGGACUCGAUCCUGUACAUUGCCGAAAACUUCCAGCCCGUGCACCAAUGCAUCAAGUCGUACUUUGAACAGCGCGACUGGAAAUGUCCUGAUUCCGGCCUCGAUGCCCCGUUCCAGCAUUGCUACCAUUGCAAGGGACGCCACUACUUUGAGUAUUUUGAGCAGAACCCGGAAAUGGGCCGGCGGUUCGCGGGCAUGAUGGAGUCGUGGAGUCAGGGCCGGCCGCGCUGGUUCCAUAGAGACUACUAUCCUGUCGAGGAGAGGCUGCUUGCCGGGGCUGAGAAGGAUGCGCCAUUCCUCGUCGACGUCGGCGGCGGCUCAGGCCACGAUGUCGAGGGGCUCAGAGUUGCCUUUGAAGGAAAACUCCCCGGGUCGCUGGUGCUGCAAGACCGGCCAGAGAUUGUCGAGCUUGCGCAGCUGGGCGCUGGAACAGAGAAGAUGGCGCAUGAUUUCAUGACCGAGCAGCCGGUAAAAGGCGCGCGCGCAUAUUAUCUCCAUUCCAUCAUCCAGGACUGGAACGACCAGGUAAAUACGCAUAUCCUGAAGUCCAUUGUCCCCGCCAUGAAGAAGGGAUACUCCAAGCUUCUGGUCAACGACUUUGUGGUUCCGAGCCGUGGCGCGCAUUGGGCGCAGACGUGCCUUGAUUGGGAAUUGAUGGGCAGUCUGGGAGCACGGCACCGCACCGAAGAGGAGCAUCGCAAAAUGUACGAGGGUGCGGGCCUGAAGGUGACUGGCAUCUGGCGACAUCGGCAGAGUCUGGAUUCUCUGAUUGAGCUGGAGCUGGCUUGAAACGAGGGCUUCUUGAAUGGUUCAGAAGAAGAGUCUGUCUCCGUGUGUUGUUGAGGUCGUCAUGUUGUGUAUCAGUGAGUAGAGGCUGCUGCAAGCGGAAGGCGCUGCUAGCUCCCAUGGCCACAUCACUACCAGCUCGACUCUAAAACAAAAAUGUCGCAGUAUUUCCGUUCAAU